AUGGCGCCAACGAAAAGAACCUCCAGAGGAGUGAUCAGCAUGCAGCAGGCUGCAGCUGCCCUGAACCCAGAUAUCUUGUCAUCUAUGGAGAAUGCUGCAACUAUAAUUGCAGAAACCAGAAGAAAAGCCGACCCAGAAGUCAAUAAAUCCUCCAUGGAUGCUGUUAUGGUCACCGAAGCUAUUAGAGUCGUAACGGAAGUUCUGGGACGUUCAAGAGAAGAGGCUGCUGAAACAAUCAAAAGCUUCGACGACGACAAGUACGGUCCAUCUUGGCAGUGUGUCGUAGGUACGGCCUACGAUGUAGCGUUGUCUCAUGAGAACUCUCUGUUCAUACCCCUGAUAAUCAACAAAACUGGUGCAACUAUAUGGCGUUCUGGGAUGAUAAUUUGA